CAGCGAGCCUGUGGACGUGACCAACAAGAGCAUUGUGUGGUGUGUGUAAGGAAUGGAAGCAUGUCUACUCCUGCAAAUGGCUCAGGGUCCAUUGAACGUCACGCGUCAAAGUUCCCCCGAAUCUUCACCCCGCGCUCCGUUUGCUGCACAACGUCUAACAACGUUUUGCCGACGUCUUGUCCCGUGAACUGGCUUGAGAUGGGCCGCCGCUGGAUAUAAAGUCCUCUUGCUUCUCCAAUUUCAUGGAGAUCAUAACGGACGGGAUCGACAUCAACAACGGUUCCCUUGAUCCACUCCCCAUCGUUGCAGAGAUGCCCGAAGUCGACCCACGCACAGUGACGGACAAGCUCAAGGUAAUCAUUGUUGGCGCUGGGUUGGGAGGAUGCGCAUGUGCUAUGGCGAUGCACUACGCUGGGUUCGAGGUCGUCGUUUAUGAGAAGAUCAAGAAGUUCCUCCGACUGGGCGACUCUCUCGGUCUGGGAGAGAACGCACUCCGACUGCUCGACCGCUGGGGCUGCCUAAACAAGAUCGUCUCCAUCGGUAACAAGUCCCCUGUAUUCCACAUGCGGCGCUACGACACAGGGGAGAUCCUGGCUACCCAGCGUUUGCUCAACAUGGCAGGAUACAUCGGCCACAGGGGAGACUAUCACCAGGCGUUCAUCGAUCGCGUGAUGGAGCUUGGCAUCCCUAUCCAUAUGGGUACAACCGUCGCUCGGUACAACGAGGAUGAUCCAAGCGUAACACUCGACAGUGGCGAGACGGUGCAGGCGGAUAUUGUCAUUGGCGCCGACGGAAUUAAGAGCAUGUGCAGGGAACUAGUGUUAGGGUUUACGGACAAGCCGAAGAGCUCGGGGUAUGCGUGCUAUCGUACGUACAUGCCGGGCAGCAACCUGAAGAACGAUCCUUAUACGAAGCGCUUGGUGGAGAAGGACUGUAUGAACGUUUGGAUCGGCCCCGACCUUCAUAUCGUCCAAAAUACCUGCAAAGACGGCGAAGAGUUUGACUGGAUCAUAACACACAAAGACGAGGCAGACAUCCUCGAGUCCUGGUCCCAGCCUGGAGAUCCAAAAGAAGCCGUCAAGCUCGUCGCGGACUGGGACCCCACAAUCGUGAAUGCCAUGAAGCUGACAGACACGUGUUUGGACUGGAAGAUCGUGAAGAGGUGAAGUGUCGCUCAGGGUUGUUGCUAGUUAUAAUGGGUUGGAAAGAGGUGUGACUGUACCAAUCGUCGGUCCCGUUGCAUAGUGGGAGUUGCUCAAAUCCAGGUCAAGUAGUUAUCUUUUGGGCAUACAUUGUUCAGCGCAAAGGGUUAUAAUGGCAUUCGCAU